AUGACGUCGACAAGGUUGGAAAAAAUAAAAAUAAAAAAUUAUUUCGCGUUCAAUUUGGUUCGAGUUCAAUUUUCGUACGAAAGACUGCUCAGACGUGCAAAAACGGAAGAUUUGUCUGAAGUCUCGGGAAUCGGUUGUUUGUAUCAAUGCGGAGUCGAUAUUUACGGAAGGCCCGUCAUUAUAUUCGUAGGAAAAUGGUUUAAGUUUAAGGAAAUUAAUUUAGACAAGGCUUUGCUGUAUUUAAUUUACCUAUUGGAUCCUUUGGUCAAAAGUGAUUACGUCAUAAUUUAUUUUCACACUUUGACCUCGGCCGCGAAUCAUCCUUCAUUUUCGUGGCUCCGCGAAGUGUACAACAUAUUGCCGUACAAGUACAAAAAAAAUUUGAAAGCUUUCUACAUAGUUCAUCCAACGUUUUGGACUAAGAUGGUGAGUUGGUGGUUCACCACUUUCAUGGCUCCCGCGAUCAAAGAAAAAGUUUUCAACAUUGACGGAAUCGAAUAUCUCUACAGCAUAAUAAUACCGAAUCAAUUGGAAAUUCCAGCGUACAUAACGGAAUACGACAUGUCCGUAAGUUAUCCAUAUUCAAAAACUAAUCAAUCGAUAUAUAUGUAUCGAUUAGUAUUUCGUCACUCGUCGAUCGACGAUGAUUGA